UGUCUGUGUGCUUAAGGAAGUUCAUCAUUAAGCAUGCCUGUGUUCAGCUUCCUCAAAGGGGUUUGUGACGGAGUUACUCAAACAGUAGCAGAAGAAUCUCAGAGCAGAGGAGACAGUGGAGUGGGGUGGGAUGUGCGAUCUGAGAUAGAGAGACAGAGAAACAGAGAGAGGGACAGGUGAGUCAUCCCAGGCCGUAGUGACAGAGCGACAGAGCCGUUUGUGGGAUUGUACCGGCACUGAGAUGGCUGGAAUUCGAACCCCAGUCCCCCGCCUCCUGUUCCUUCUUCUAACCAGCCUUCCCGCAGUUUCCUCUAAAGACCCCUGCGAUAUUUCAGUGAGUGGGAAGAGAUCCUACACGUCAGUCCCAGUAGGGGGCGCCCUCUCUCUGAGCUGCACUGUGAUGCACUGUGGUCCAGGGAGCUGGAGUGGAGAGUGGGGCCGGUCUGACAGGGGUAAUUUCAACCCCUUGAACGUCAGUGAUGACAGAGUGCAGGUGUCUGCGAUUCCAGUAAGAGAGACCGAGACUGCACUGCGGCUGACCAUUCAGAACGUGGUGUAUACUGACUCUGGAGACUAUCAGUGCAGGGUGAUUGGUACAGCUUUAAAGAUCACCAGCCUGGGACACAUGACUAACGUGACUGUCACAGGUAGAUCUCUGCUGCCUCUCGGUGACGCCCCCCGUCUCUCCCCAGACUCUCCAGGGCGCAGGCUGCACGAAAGGCUCCUCAUUUGCUUUUCCCCCAUCCUCUCCCUCGGAGUGGGCUGCCUGCUGUGCUGGAGCUGCAGAGCGACCAAAUACAAAGCUUCAGCUCGAACGACGGAGUGUGAAGAGCCAGACACAGAGCUGGUUUACACCACAGUGAUUCUGCGAGACCCCACCCACCAACCCCACUCCCCAGCUGAAGCUCCUCCCCCUUCAGUGUCAGAAUAUUCCGCCGUUCACUUUCCACACAGAGGAGACGGGGAAAGAGCCCGGAAUGCAUAAUUGUUAGGAUCUGCCCACCUUCCUUCCAUUUGGAGCUUCGGAACAGAUCUGGUAUAGCCACACAGAAUCUCUACAAGCACUACUCUGGUAUUUAUUCUCUAAAUGCAGCAUUAAUCUGAAUAUUCAAAAGGCAGACACAAAGAAAAGCACUAGGGAGACCAAAAAUUAAGAUGUUGCAUCACGUAUAGACUGGGCAGGGCACUCAACACUGCCUGCAUCAAUCCGCAUUUAAACCUCAGGAUUGCAAUUCACUGUUCCUUUCAGUCAGAGCGUGCAAAGGGCUUCAUUGUACCUGAUGCACUAAAAUAUCCCUUCAUACCUGAGAUGAAGGGACCUAUGGGACUAGAGUCUCCCUCAUGCAUCACUACAGCUGGAACGCCAGUGUGCGUGAUAAUGGAGGGGAGACUAAUCUGUAGAGGAACAAGCAGAAGAUACAACAUGCUGCUAUUUGCUGCAGAAAAAAAAAAAAAAAAAAAAAAAACUUUCACUUCCCUCUUAAAGGGGAAGCAGGCACUUCACUUCCUCUGAAUGCAGAGAUAGUCUUCCUUCCUGCAUCCGAGGAAUGGGCCGAUUGCUGCAGAGGCUUCCAUUUCACUGUUCUGACUUGGCAGCAUCAUUCAGCUAUAGGAUCCCUACUCACCUUACUACAAUAAACACCAAUGUUACAGCCUGAACUACAUUAAGAAGGGAACUAUAUGGACCUUCCCAUAACAACUAGAUUCAAAUUAGACUAGUGUAGCUCCAGUCAGCUAUGAGCUAACUGCAGAUGUAGCAUUAGUUUCAUACGAAUGCCACGCAAAUGAGAAGCAGGAUUGCUUCCUUAAUGUUGGGAAGAUUAAUGUGCAUUGUGUUUCUGUACUAAUUUGUCCAUUGCCUAGUGGACAAUGUCAAUUGUUAGAACUUGAUUGUUACAUUUUAGCCUGUCUUGUCUUAACUGUUUGAAAAACCCAGUUUGUGUGCAUGCUGAAAUAAAGCACACUUCUAAUACAAGCAUAUUUGA